AUGACAGAAGCAAGAGCCGUCUCUCCCCUGGCUCCCGCUGCUCCUGGAGAAGAAGCCAAAGAGGAGCACAAUGAGGUUGAUGACAACAACCAUUCAAUGUUCUUCACACCUCCUUGUUCUAGACCUAUGACAGAAGCAAGAGCCGUCUCUCCCCUGGCUCCCGCUGCUCCUGGAGAAGAAGCCAAAGAGGAGCACAAUGAGGUUGAUGACAACAACCAUUCAAUGUUCUUCACACCUCCUUGUUCUAGACCUGUGAGAAAAGCAAGAGCCGUCUUCCCCCUGGCUCUCUCUGCUAUUGAAGAAGAAGCCAGAGUGGAGGACAAAGAGAAAGACGACCACCGCCUUUGCCCAGCCAUGGUCAGACCACGGCCUGCUCAUCAUUUCAAGAGAGUGCUUCUAGAGAAAGAGCAGGAGCAGAGUGCUUCAUCAGAGAUGCCAUGCCGGACUCAGGGAGAGCUGUUCCCAGCCCGAGAGCAGGAAGAGCAGCUCAGGCAGCAGGUGGAAGAGCCACAGGAGAAUGGCCAGAAGAUCAAGGCAGAGCCACAAGCAGAGCUGCCCGAAGCUCAGAGUGCCAUCAUGGCAGUGAAGAGAAAGAACAAGGAAGACAUGGGAAGAAUUCAAGAGGAGAAUCUCCAUCAGUACAGGAGCCAUCAACAAAACCAGUCUGUCAAGGGACACGUGCAGGCAGAGCUGCAGGACUCUGAGGCUAGCAACAGGGCAAGGGAGAAGAGGCUGGAGGAAGAAAUGAAAAUCGUGGCCAUAAAGAAAAUACAUCUUCAAGGACUAAGAACGAAGGAACUAACUGUUAAUGAAAUCAUGAUCAUGAAGAAGUGUAGGAGUCCCAGUGUUGUGAAUUAUUUAGACAGCUACCUUCUGGGUGAGGAACUCUGGCUGGUAAUGGAGUACAUGGAUGGAGGCGCCCUGAGUGAUGUCAUCCACAAGACCUUCCUGUCUGAAGACCACAUUGCAGCCAUCAGUCGGGAGUGCCUGCAAGGACUGGAUUUUCUUCAUUCAAACAAUGUGAUCCAUCGAGAUGUGAAGAGUGACAACAUCCUUCUCAGAACCGACGGCUCUGUCAAGCUGACUGAUUUUGGCCUCUCUACUCAGCUCAACUCUGAGCAGAGCAGACCAUGCUUGGUAGUCGGAACUCCUUGGUGGAUGGCGCCUGAAGUGGCGACAGGUCAACCAUAUGGCCCCAAAGUGGACAUAUGGUCUUUUGGAAUUGUGGGCAUUGAAAUGUUAGAAAAAGAACCUCCUUACUGGGACCAAAGUCAUGCCUCGGCUCGACGACUGAUAGCCAAAGUAGGGACCCCAAAACUGCAGCAUCCCAAGCUCCUCUCAGCUUUGCUGCGUGACUUCCUGAGCUGCUGCCUGCAGAGAGACGAGGAGCAGCGCUGGUCAGCCAAGGAGCUCCUGCAGCAUCCAUUUGUAAGAUAUGCUGAGCCUGCGUCCAGCCUGGUGCCACUGAUUGUUUCAGUGAAGAGGAAGGAGACAAAAAUGUGA